AUGGCUUCACUCUUGCUCCAGUCGCUUGCGGCUGUCGCCGUGCUAGGUGCCACGGCGGCGCUCGGCGGGAACACGAGCAAGAACUCGGCCAAAAAAAUAGAUUGCUCAACCCAUAUGAACGCGGUGCGAACACUUGCGGGUUUCAGCCCUCUGGAACUCGGAACGACAGAGCAGGAACAACUCCCCAUUUUAGGCAGCGAGAGUGCCCUUGACACCGAAUAUGUGGAAAAAGUCUGCACUGCCAUGAAAGCUGACAAGGCGCCUUCCGAAAAAGCAGCCACACUCACUGCCUAUACCGAAAACACAGCACCGUAUAACAAAAUCCAAAAUGUUUCAUUUAUUUCCCUCUUCAACCCCAAAGAGAAUGCCAAGGUGGACUGCGCUUACUUCAUCUGCCCAGCAGCAGAAGAAGACGCCGAUGAACCUAAAAAUCGAAAUGAUGAUGAGCCUCCAUCGGAGGACCCUGAGCCUGAGGCUACAACGGACAAGGACCUGAAGGCAAUUCUUUGCAUCACAACGCCGAGCGCCUUGGAGGCAAACAAGGCCCCAUACGAGUGA